AUGAUAUUGAUUUAUGUUUUCGUUUUACAAUACCGUUGUGCGCGGCAAUAUAAACAAGAACUCGGCCGAAACCGUCGCUGUCCGUUGUCGUUGCCGUUGCGCCGCGUGAACACAUCUGCCGCCGCCGCCGCCGUCGACGACGAUGUCCGCGAAAACGGCCGUACUGCUGUUGUGGUGGUGGUGGUUCGGCGCACGGGCAAUCGAGGCCGUGACGGGUGCGACGGUGACUGGCGCGGCCCCGCGGCUCGCGUCGCCGGACCGGCCGCCGUCCGGCGAGCCGCUUUACCGCGCGUUGUCCAAGCAUCGGUCGGAUUCUCGGGGUCCGACCGCGGUGACGUUCCGCGGCGCGCCGAUCCCGGUACGCUGCGCGAACGCCGGCCGGACGCGGUCUCCUCGGCUCCCGCGCUCCGCGGAACGUACGCGAACGCCUCGGCCGCCGUGCUGCACGACGGGACGCUCGGAAGUCGGCAAACCGUUUUUUUACAUCACGGAACGCGUCGCGGCGAGCGGUCGGCCGCCCUGUACGGGGCGCCGUUCCGAACCGCCUCGGCCGUCUCGCGCCGACCGCCGUGCGGACGAGAUGUCUCGGCCGCCGCGCGCGACGCAGUGUUGUACGGAAACGGCUCCAUCUCCCGGCGCCGCUCGCCGCGCGGAAGAGACUUCUCGGCCGCCGUGCGUGGCGGGAUGUUCGAAAAUUAA